AUGUCAAUAGAAGAAUCCAGUUUUGAUCUAGAUAACACUCAAUAUAGUCCCAUUAACUCCGAUGUGUCGAUAUCUAGCGUCGAAUUGGGAAGAGGUGGAAUACACCAUGAUAGUGAUUUUUCAAUAACCAACACUCUGUUUAUACGGGAAAAGAGACAGCAAUUUUUCGACAACAAAAAGCCUUCUACCAAUCGAUGGAAAUCAGUACUAUUUGAUGAUAACACCGUCUCCCGAGAAAAUAAACCAUCAAACAAUAAAUUCCUCGAUCUAACUGACACCACCAACCUCGAAAAUGCAAUUCUCAAAAAAAAAAAUCGUUACAAACCAUACAGUAAACUUCCAACAAAUGAUCCCAAGAGAAACAAACCUCGUCACCAGGCCAUGGUACCAGAUAAUGAGGCUUCCCAAAAUAUGAAAUCUUUGCUUGCGAAUUGUGAAAAACUAUCUGAAACAAAAAGGCAAGUAGUUGAGGAUUUGAAAGUUUCAAACAUGCUACGCUAUAAGUUGGGCGAAAAAGUUCGAAAAUAUAAAGAUCUCAGUGAUAAACAGAGGGUGGAAAUAGAGGCAUUGAAGUUGAAAAACCAGUUGUUUGAGGAUGUCUUGAAUGUCUUGAUAUCUAGAACUAAUCAAUCCAGCACAAUAGUUAACUCGAACGAUACCAAAUCUGUCAAUAAUGAUAAUCAGCUGAAGUUGCAAGAAUUAUGUCAAUUGCUAAAGCGUGUUGAAGCUUUGUCUCUCAGUAGCGGCUAUUCUCUGCAGCCUAGCAUCGUGCCAGAAAAUGCAAUCAAUAAAUCAUUUCCUCCAAAUAUCGAUGGACAUAAUGAAAUAAAACAAACCGUCAUCGCAUCGAAAGAUGAAAUUAUAUCCAAAUUAGACCAAUUUGCUAGUAGACCACUCCCAACAUCAAACUUUCCUACCUCUGGCUCCGUUCCACUGGAACAAUUUAUGUCAGCCAAUCGUUCUUCUAACCCACCGGAGGGCGCUUCGAACGUUGUUAAAGAAACUUUGGCAAAAUACCGUCGCAGAAAUGAAGUUUUGAACCAAUUGGAAGAUUUGGACGAUGACAAAAACUUGCAGUUCUUGAGCGAUAUGAUAAAGGGCAUCAAAUCCCGUACAAAUAUACGUGAUAAUGAUGGCUUACUUACUUCUAUCGGAAAUAUUCCAGCCAAACAUAAGCGUGUCCAGUUGAACCAUGAUAACGGGCCACUAAGUCACGAUCCUUGUCAAAAGCCAGAAAGUUGUUGUAAAUAUUGUGACGAUAAUGAUGGUGAUGAGGAUGGCGAGAAUGACAAUUCUAUUCUAUGGGAUUGA